ACUGUGAUAAAACAGAUCAGAUUGCACUGCGAACUUGUUCAUCAUGGACUUCGAUCUGGGUGCAGCUGUUGGAGGUGAAGGAGAAGUGAAGAAGGCGGAGGGGAACGAGGUGGAGGGCAUCUUUGGGUUUGGUAAAAAGGACAAAGAUAAAGAAAAGGAGAAAGAAGAUAAAGAUAAAGGGAGCAAAGACAAAGAUUGCAAAGACAAGGGUGAUUACAAAGAUAAAGACAAAGAGAAGUAUAAAGACAAAGACAAGUGUAAAGACAAAGAUAAAGACAAGUGCAAAGACAAGAAGAAAGACAAAGAACACAAAAAGGGUCACGAACACGGGCAUGGACACGGUCACGGGCAUGGACACGGACAUGGACACGGGCAUGGUCGGGGACGCAGAUCUUCAUCUUCAUCAAGUGAUGGGGAUUAAAUCAAGACUGAAGACUUCUCAUGUGAAGUUGUAAGCUUUAAAUAGAAUAGACUGUAAUACAUAUAAAAUACAGAUGAGUUGAGAAAGUAUGUAUAUUGUGUGUUUUAAACAGAAGUUAUUCUUUUAGACAUGUUUUCAUUUUGACAAUUUACCUCAUGCACUGUUAUAGGUCAAUGUCUCACAAUAACUCAAUGUGUGAAAGUAAAAUGUUCAGUAUGCUUUUUCUGAGUCUGGAAUAAAUAUACCUGGUAUAAAAAGUGUG